AUGGCGCCGAAAUAUAGCUUGUCCGAUUCCGAGUCAGAAGCGGAGGUAAACAUACCUGCAGUGCCUUCCGACAAUGCACUGGAGCAAGGCUUGCGCGAUGAGGUCGCGGCGAAGUUCAAGUCGGGAAACAUGGCGGAGUUGACCGUAAAGCGCGUGCGCUUCGCUGUUGAAGAGAAGCUGGGUCUUGAGCAAGGGUUCUUCAGGACUACAGGCGACUGGAAAGCAAAAAGUGAAAAGAUCAUCAAGGACGAAUUUCAAGUACAAGAGAGUGCGCCGCAGCAGGAAACCGAGCCACGCGAUUUAUCACCGUCACCUCCUCCCCUAGCGAAGAAAAAAGCAGCGCCUAAGCGAUCCAAGGGCGAAAGCGCGCCAAAGCCAAGAAAGCGCCAAAAGACCCAAACACCGAUCUCAGAGGAGGAUGAGCUAUCGGAGCUAUCGGAGCUAUCGGAGCCAUCUAGUGGCGAGAGCGAGCAGGAAGCCAAAAAGCCCAAGAAGCGCGCAAUACCUGUGAAAAGGAUUGCCUCGUCGAAACCUGCCACAGAGCCUUCCCCCGAAGGGUCCGACGCCGAAGAUGCCGGUGAUGCCAACCCCACUGCAGAGUUGACCAAGGAUGAUUCCGAGAGCGAGAUGUCCAUUGUGCUGGACGAAGAGCCUAAGCCCAAGCCCGUACGUAAGCGCAAGAGCAGCGAGGGUGCUCCCAAAAAAGCGGCCCCGAAAAAAGAAAAGAAGGUCGCCUCUAAAGGCAGCAAAGAGGAGGAGCUUGACCCUGACCAAGCAGAGAUCAGGCGGCUACAGGGGUGGCUGGUCAAGUGCGGAAUCCGUAAGAUGUGGUGGCGGGAGCUGCAGCCAUAUGAGACUCCGAAAGCGAAGAUAAAGCAUCUCAAACAGAUGCUGGAGGAUGUGGGAAUGACGGGUCGAUAUUCCCUGGAAAAAGCUCGGCAGAUCCGUGACGAGCGUGAGCUCAAGGCAGACUUGGAGCAGAUCCAACAGGGCGCGAAGCAAUGGGGGACAGGGACUGGAGGUGAAGGCAAUGAAGAUGAAGGUAGUGACGGGGGUGCUCCUCCACGCCGUGCUGCUCGUGGACGACAGGCGCUGGCGUUCCUGGAGAGCGAUGGAGAAGAAACUGAUUAA